GGUUGGCGGAGGGCGGGAGAGCGGCGGGACUACAAGUCCCACCCCGCCCCGCGCACCGGGGCGGCAAUGGCGGCGGCGGCGCCUGCGCGCGGCGCCCUCCGUGCGGACCGCGCAGAGUGAAUAAUAAAGGUCUCCUCGGCGGCGGCGGCGGCGGCGGGAGCGGAAGGCAGGAGGCAUGUCCAAGGGCCCGGUGGCCGGCGGCCCCGCCGCGGCCGGGCCGGCGAGCGCCGCCAGCGCGCUGCAGGCGCAGCCCGAGAAGCCGCAGCACUACACUUACCUGAAGGAGUUCCGCACGGAGCAGUGCCCUCUCUUCGUGCAGCACAAGUGCACCCAGCACCGGCCCUACACUUGUUUCCACUGGCACUUUGUCAACCAGCGUCGUCGCAGAUCUAUCCGCCGCCGGGAUGGUACAUUUAACUACAGCCCUGACAUUUACUGUACCAAGUAUGAUGAGACCACAGGCAUCUGCCCAGAAGGGGAUGAGUGCCCCUUCUUGCAUAGAACUACUGGAGACACAGAGAGGAGGUAUCACUUGCGCUACUACAAAACUGGAAUCUGCAUUCAUGAGACAGACUCCAAGGGAAACUGCACAAAGAACGGAGUCCACUGCGCAUUCGCUCAUGGGCCCCAUGACCUACGCUCUCCGGUGUAUGACAUCAGGGAGCUUCAGGCGAUGGAGGCUUUGCAGAAUGGUCAGACUACAUCAGAAGGUGGCAUAGAGGGUCAGUCUGCAGUCGCUGCUAGCCAUGCUAUGAUAGAGAAAAUACUGAGUGAGGAGCCAAGGUGGCAAGAUACAACGUACGUGUUGGGAAAUUACAAGACAGAGCAAUGUAAGAAACCUCCCCGUCUCUGUCGCCAGGGUUAUGCCUGUCCCUACUACCACAAUAGCAAAGACAGAAGAAGAAGCCCGAGAAAACACAAAUACAGAUCUUCGCCAUGUCCCAGUGUGAAACAUGGAGACGAGUGGGGAGAUCCCAGUAAGUGUGAAAAUGGGGACUCAUGCCAAUACUGCCACACUCGCACAGAACAGCAGUUCCAUCCAGAGAUCUACAAAUCCACCAAAUGCAAUGAUAUGCAGCAGUCUGGCAGCUGUCCCCGAGGACCCUUCUGUGCCUUUGCACAUGUAGAACAGCCUGCGCUCAGUGAAGAUUUACAGCAGUCCUCGGCUGUGUCUAGCCCGACACAGACAGGCCCUGUGAUGUAUAUGCCGUCAGCAGCUGGCGAUUCUGUUCCGGUCAGCCCUUCCAGCCCACAUGCCCCAGACCUUAGCAACGUGUGGAAUAAAUCAGGAACUCUGCCAACUAGCCCCACCUCCACCACAAUUCUUUGUAGGAACAGCAGUCUCGGAAGCCCAUCUAAUAUAUGUGGGUCUCCUCCUGGCGCCAUUGGAAAGCCACACAGCUUGGAGACCAUUGGUUUUCCUCCAGACUCUGUAACAGCAGCCGGCAGCUACAAGAAAGCACCGGGGUUUGAGCGAGAAGAUCAGGUGGGGGCCGAGUAUUUGAAGAGUUUCAAAUGCCAGCAAGCGAAAAUGAAGUCCCACUCACUGGAACACAGGAGCCAGGAGCAACCUUUGUUACAGCCCAAACAGGACAUACUGGGUAUUCUCCCAGUGGGGAGCCCACUGACAUCCAGCAUCUCCUCUAGUAUCACCUCCAGCCUGGCUGCAACGCCACCAAGCCCUGCCGGCACCAGCAGCAUACCGGGCAUGAAUGCCAAUGCCCUUCCUUUCUACCCAACCAGUGACACCGUUGAGUCUGUCAUAGAGUCUGCCUUGGAUGACCUGGACCUGAAUGAAUUCGGAGUGGCUGCCCUGGAGAAGACAUUUGACAGCAGCACAGUGCCCCACACGAGUGGCAUCAUGAUAGGUGGGAGUUUGCUGCAAAGUUCUGCUCCUGUAAAUAUCCCCGGGUCCCUUGGAAGCUCUGCCUCUUUUCACUCUGCCUCUCCUUCUCCACCGGUCAGCCUCUCAUCGCAUUUCCUCCAUCAGCCCCAGGGACACUUAAGCCAAUCAGAAAGCACGUUCCUGGGGACAUCAGCUUCUCAUGGAUCAUUAGGUUUAAAUGGGAUGAACAGCAGCAUAUGGGAACACUUUGCUUCGGGGAGUUUUUCGCCCAGUACCUCACCUGCAUUUCUGUCAGGUCCAGGUGCUGCGGAGCUGGCACGGCUACGGCAAGAACUGGAUGAAGCCAACGGCACAAUAAAGCAGUGGGAAGAGUCUUGGAAACAAGCCAAACAGGCUUGUGAUGCUUGGAAAAAGGAGGCAGAGGAAGCAAAUGAUCGCGCCAACACAGCUAACAUGGAAUGUGAACUGGCCCGGGAGCAGAGGGAAGCCUUGGAGCUGCAAGUGAAGAAACUGCAGGAGGAGCUGGAAAGGAUCCACACAGGCCAGGACCCUCAGUUUCUGCGCUCCUUCUCCGACCUGGAAACGCUCUCACUCUCUUCGCUUUACACCCUUCAGAAACAGCUGCGGGCAAACCUGGAGAAAGUCGAUAAGGCGGUAUUUCAGAUGCAGUCAGUGAAAUGCCUUAAGUGUCAGGAGGAGAACCGGGUGGUGUUACCGUGCCAACACGCAGUGCUGUGUGAAACGUGCGCCGAGGAGGGCGAGUGCCCCAUCUGCCAUCCCAACAGGCCCCACUCUCUCCAGUCGUGACCUUCCAAGGACGCUUGUUCCGAUCAUAUCGUAUAGAACUUUUUAACUUUAUACAUACGUACAUAUAUAUGUAUGUGUACAUAUAUAUAUGUAUGUGUAUAUAUAUAUAUGUAUAUAUGUGUGUGUAUGUGCAUGUCUGUGUAUGUAUAUAUAUAUGCACACGCACACACAUACACACAUAAAACAAAAAUUAGUUGCAGAGCACUUUUUAAUAUUUUACAUCCCGUAUCUAAACUGCCCCUCACCCGUGCCCCACUAAUUCUAACUCUUGAGGAACUUUGAGAGCUGUUUUAAUACAGAUCAAAGGGCCAUUUGCAAAGAGUCUGUGUUUCUCCUCUUUUCUAUUUAGGUGAUAACAAAUUUUUGACUAUUUCCAGAAGGAUUUAGAGUGGGCAAGAGGGGCUUCCACGUGCUUUCCAGAGGAAGAGUUGAGAUCACGGGGAGGAUCGAGGUGGAUUGAAAUGACUUGUUCAUGUCUUCGGUCUCCCUGCUCUUUCGCUGACCCAGCUUGGUUAAAGCCGUCCUCCCUGAUGGAAGCUCCGCUGGGUGCCUGCCUGGUGGGCCUCACGUUGCCGAUCUCUGAAUGUGCAGGAACUUUGUCUGUCAUUUAAUCAGCAAAGUUCGCUUUUUAAAUUUUUUUUACACUCUUUGUAUAUUUGUAUGAAAAGAAGAAAAGAGAGAAAAAAAAAAAAAGAAAAAGUAUUGGACCUAGAGCAAGCCGAGCCCCAAAAUUCAGUGACUAGUGUUCAUUGCUGGUACAGCUAACGUGUUCCAGGCCUGAGCAGCCUUAGAGUAUUGCCCUCGUGUCAGCUAAAGCCCUUUAUGAAAGAAAUACGGAUGCAGAGGUUAGUUCUCUCCAGGCACUCCUUUGGUGGCUGUCUAGAGGCUUUUCACUGUGUCAGGCCAGAUUAAUUCUGUUUUAGCCACAGGGACCUGAUUCGCAGUCACCGCUGGAACGCGUGAAGCAAUUCCAGGUAGUCUGAGGACACUUGUGUUGCACAGUCGCCGUCGUCUGUGUCAGCACCUCAAGGAUGGUCUGUGGGCUGCUGGGUCCAGCAGCCCCCACGCUAGAGAUCGUGUGUGCCCGUGGUGACAGGGAAAGUCCAGCGUGAGAAAGAGACGCCAGCUUAGACCUGCCCGGUAGCUGAGCUUUCCUGUGACUUUCCUUACCGGUGUGUCCAUUGGAUUUUUACAUCAGGUGGAUUGCAGUAACCUGCUGGGAUCUCAACCAAAAGGCCACUCGGUUGACUAAACCUUUUUAUUUUGCACGGGGAGGCUGCCUGUGCUACCCCUCCCUGACCUGGAAAAGCACUGGAACCUCUGGCAGCCCACUGUUGUAGGAAAACCGAGUUUUUACCGGAGCCUCUCAGAAAGCUUCAUAUUUAAUGCAAAGGCAUAAUUAGGUUUGCUUCCAUAAUUCCACCUUUCCUUUACAUGGAAGGGGUUAAUAUGCAUUCCCAGAUGAUCUCGUAAGUGCAGCUCUGUGUAGUUCUUUUUUUAUGUUUUUCCCAUUAACUUGUUUUGGGGUUUUUUGGUAAAAAUGCUUUUUUUUUUUUCCAUGUGUAUUUUAUUGUAACUAGCAUCAGUUUUUUAAAUUUGUUUUUUUUAUGGAGAGACACUGUUGAGUGACUAUUGUGGCUAUGUUGUUUGGUUAUAGCCUUUGAAUGUCUGUGCCAUGGGGCAGCACAUCUGCCUUGGUCUGUUCUUAAGGGAAGACCUUUUAUUAAAAUACAUGAACAUUUCUUUUUUUAAAAAAAAAUAAUAAAAUAAACAAAAAAAGCAGGGGAAAAAGGUAAAAAGCCCAACUAAGAUAAAAAUCUACUAAAAAGUUUUUGUAACUAACUUAAAUCAUAGGAAAUAAACUCUUGAAUCAGGUCUUCAAUAUUUAUAAGAACCAGAGCUGAUCAGCCGCUUUUGGCGACUGGUUUGUAAGUUACCGUGGAUUAGCGUGGUGGUUUGUGGGCUCUCCCUCCUGCCUCAGCGCUGCCCGGCGCCGGCUCCGUGACUGCAUCUGAUGCCCUCGGGCGCGCUUCCCUCUGUCCCUUCUCUUCCGCCAAAACCUGCCCGCCGGCGGCAGCUCCGGCUGCCCCGCGCCCGUGCGGUCGCGGCCACGCGCGGGGCUCUGGGCUCUAGGGCGUUUCCCUGGGGGCACGUGGUUUAGGCAGGGGGGUACAAGGAAAAUUGAAAAUUCCAGGCCAGAGAAAACGUUUUUUUUUUUUCCCUUUUGAGUAAAACAGUUUCUCUGUUUUAAAACUUAUACCGAAGGACCAAAGAAUUCAAAACUUCAUCCCUUUGUGGCCCUUAAAUUCUAACUUUCCGUUGCCACACUGCACUCGUGGCGGAAUGGCCCGAAGGGAUCAGCACUAGCCCCUUCCCGCGCCCCCACCCCAGCGUAUCUCAGCACUCUCUUUGCACAAGCACAUAGGCUGUUUCUCGCUUUCCUCUGGUUCUUCAAGAAACACUUCCUAAAUUUAGGUUUCUAUUAAUUUGUUUGCUGCUUUAGGAAAAAAAAAAAUAUCUGAAAUGUGAAUUACGUUCUUAAGCAUCAGAUGGAAGAGAGAACUUCAUCUUUGCGAAUUUUGUGAAUAUUUUGGGGGGCCACUUAUGAAAUUGUCGCAUAACGGAGUGAGGGGAGAGCAGGGGCGAAGGGGGGCGUUUCUGACCCGCCCCAGGCAGGAAGGACGGACAAGCCGUAAUCGCAGCGCUGCUCGAGAGCCUAUGGUCGGCUUCUGCGUGGUGUAAAAAAGAGUCUUGCUGAAAUAAACCCGGUGCUAAGAUGUACAGCCCCUGUGAUGUACUGUCACGCUUCCUUCUGAAGCAGGAGCUCCCUUUUACAGGACGCGCAGUAACACGUCAGGUUUUGGGGGCUUUUUUUGGCCGAGUUGUGCUUCAAAACGAAGUUUUUGGUCCGCAAGGCUUCUGGGUGAGCAGCCCGGCCGGCUGUUGGGGAACAGCCGGGAACGCGCCCGGGCCCUGCCUCUUCGCACAGACUCCUUAUUGGAUAAUGACUUUUUCCUCCCCAAAUCUCUGGGAGCUUAGGAAGUGUUGACCUUGGUGACUAAUGGUGCAGGUCGGACGCUUCCGAGCUAAGAGCUGGGGGAAGGGGAGUCUCAGCUGUGUUGUGAAACCACAGUAUCUCGAAGGUCAAUAAACUUUUACAUUAUUAUGGAAAAACAAUGUAGAAGCAGAUGGCUUAAGACAACACUGUCCUGGGUAGAUAGAUAUCGGAAAGCAAGGCUAGAGCUGUAGACAAUAGCCAGGAGCUGAAGAAUUUUGGCAUCGCUUUGGGCUAACAGGACCACUUUUAGAUCAUCUCCGGCCGUAGAUACGGGAGCGGCGUGCCAGCUGUGGCGCGGGAGGGACGGGGGAAGCGCUCAGCUGGAGCACAACAUUUUCCUUAAGCAGACCUUCCCCCGAAGGGGAGUCGCUGCGGCCGCUCCCCUGCCGAAGGGUUUUAUACGCUCUGUACAUCUCUGAAGCUGAACCUGAGCCGCUGGCAAGGCUUGUGCAGCUGAGACCGUGGAGAGAAGUCCUUACGCUGGGAGGAAGCCCGUAAUGCUGAACGGACUCAGUAACUCAUUGCUGUUCCACCAGCCGCUGAACGUCCUCUCUUUCUCCUUUUCCCCCCAUCUGAGAAGGAAGGAUAUUACCAGUGUUUUCCUCCAGAAUUAUAAUAAUCCUGAGAGUGAUGGCCAACAGCAAAAUAUGUGUUACUGAUGUAAAACCUAGUAUUUUAAAGGUGAAGUAUUCCUGCAAAGUAGUGACUGCAUCGGAGAGAUUUCUGGGGCUUCCCCACUCCGUAGCUUCCAAUGUUAAAAUGAAAUAAAUACAGUAUAUGUUUUAAAAAAUAAUAAUAAUAAUACACACUGCAGUAUUUCUGGUGGCAAUUCUUGACCAGUCUCUUCCCCGCUUUCCCCGGGAGGAAGGGCACUGGGCAGAAGCGCCCCAGUCCGUGUAGAAGUUGGCAGAAUGGUGAUCGGUGGUGCGUAAAACGUGUUGUUGAUUCCAUGUAUAGAACUGUGAUUUCAGCUGUCGUUCUCUCGUACUCUGUAAAUAUGUGUUUUGGCUGUCGGAAACCUGGUUUAGACUCUUUUCUUGGCAGAGUGAAUUUGCAUGUGGGGCUGGAAAGAACUCAAUCUGUGUCACAGUUUCCAAGGGCAGGAUGGAUUUUUUUUUUUAGAGGACAAUAAAUUUUUAUUUUUUUGCUAAGAAAAAAAAUAUAUAUAAUAAAGCAGUGUGUGCGUGUGUGUGCGCGCAUGCGUG